AUGGGUUUAGAAGUGAAUGUUGCGACAAUAUCAUUGCUAUUAAUAUUGUUAACCACUGCCAUUAAUGCCCAAACCCGAGUCUUUGAUGUGAGAAAUUAUGGAGCAAAGCCUAAUAUUGAUAUCACCGAGGCUGUGGCAAGAGCUUGGAAAGAUGCAUGUGCCUAUCCAGGCUCUAGUAAAGUUGUAGUUCCAGAAGCAAUGUAUAGGGUGGGCAACAUAACUUUUUUGGGUCCUUGCAAGAGUCCAAUAGAAUUUAAUGUUCUAGGCAGCAUACAUUCCCCAGGAGAUCCCAAUUACUUCAAGGGGGAUAGGUGGAUCGCCUUUCAAAGUAUCGACUACCUAAUUGUGUCGGGCACUGGAUAUUUUGAUGGCGAAGGAGAAACUGCUUGGAGUAGAAAUGGUUGUUCCAAAAAUGGCUACUGCGCCCAUCUUCCCAUUAGCAUAAGGUUCGACUACGUCACCAAUUCAAUUGUCCGAGACAUAUCAUCGUAUAAUAGCAAACAAUUCCACAUCCAUGCUCUUGGGUGCCAAAAUCUUACAUUCGACCAUGUUACAAUCAAAGCACCUCAAAAUAGCCCGAAUACGGAUGGAAUUCACAUUGGACGUUCAACGAAGAUUAAUGUGAUUAAUUCACAGAUUUCAACUGGAGAUGAUUGUGUCUCCAUCGGUGAUGGCAGCCGGGAUAUACUUAUUCAGGGGGUAAACUGUGGACCAGGACAUGGAAUCAGCAUUGGAAGUCUUGGUAUGUACCAAAAUGAACAGCCUGUGUCUGGGGUCAGAGUUAUUAGUUGUAAUCUUACAAACACAUCGAAUGGCGUGAGAAUCAAAACAUGGCCUGAUUCUUAUCCUGGAUCUGCCUCUGAUAUUCUUUUUGAAAACAUUAUCAUAAAUAAUGUUGACGCUCCUAUCAUCGUAGACCAAGGUUACUGCCCAUGGAAUGUGUGCAAACCAGAGAUUCCUUCAAAGGUGAAGAUCAGCAAUGUUAGCUUCAAGAACAUAAGAGGCACUUCUGCGAGAAAGAGCGCUGUCGUGCUUGUUUGUAGUUCAUCACUACCAUGUGAGAAUGUGGAGCUUCGUGACAUAGACCUCAGAUAUAAUGGAAAAGAUGGCCCUGCUACUUCUCGAUGUGUUAAUGUCAAUCCCAUCAUUGGUGGCUACCAGAAUCCUCCUCCUUGCACUAUCAGAACUGUUUUUUAA